CGCGGUUGCGCCAACUGGUAGAGGAUGUUGCUAGCAGCCAGUGUAGAUGCACAGUCUUUUUCACAACAAUAACACCAACCGAAUUUGCAUCUCCAUAUACGUGGUUUCAGGAAUAUACAUUCCGAACGCUGUCGGAAACCGUGCAUUGGACCGCGCCGCGACGAAUUCCUUGAGUAUUUUUUGGCUUCAGCUCCUGUUGACAAUGGGAGCGGAGGGGUUUUCAGAUUUACAAGGCUCCUAUUUUCAGGAGCAGAAACAAGAAUCAUGGCUGGCCAGCUAGGCCGCAGAUGGAUUUUGCAUCUUACAGUAACACUGCUGACAUUAAAUAUUGUGUGUAGGCUUGGCGCCAACACUUAGAAAGUAGUGCUACGAAGUUUGCGUUUUAAUAACAGAACUAUCGUCGAUUUUGUUGUCUGUUUUGGGUCCAUAACACAGCUGGCGAGCCCGUUAGCUUCACAACCUUGACUGCUUGACGUCUUGCUGUCGUAGUUAGCUCCUUCAGCGUGCUAACGAUAGCUAGCAAGGCUUGGCCAGCCAUCCACUGGUCAAAAACAUUUGGAAAACGACAUUUAUUGCGGGAUUUACUCUCAUUGUCUUGUGCCGGGUAGGCAUUUGCAUCGCUAAUUCUCCUUGCAACGUCUGCUCCUGGAUGAAUGUGGGACAAAAUGGAGACCCCGACAAUUGUGUACGAUUUGGAUACCUCUGGGGGCUUAAUGGAGCAAAUCCAAACACUGUUAGCGCCGCCGAAGUCCGAGGAGAUAGAGAAGAGGAGUCGGAAGUUGGUGAGAGACGUCCGGAGGAGCGGCAGGGCCACCAACCACGACACCUGCGAUAGUUGUCGGGAGGGGGGAGACUUGCUGUGCUGUGACCACUGUCCUGCAGCCUUCCACCUCCAGUGCUGCAAUCCACCUCUAAGUGAAGAAAUGCUUCCCCCUGGUGAAUGGAUGUGUCAUCGCUGCAAUGUUCGAAAAAAGAAGCGAGAGCAGAAGUCAGAACAGACCAACGGCCUACCAGAGAGGUCUGCAUCUAAGCGCUCUGCUUCCCCAGCUGUUGAGCUGGAACUCAAUGCUGGUCCACUGCGACUUGAUGGUCUGCCUCCAGGGGCUGGAGCAGCUGGGCCUGGUCUUCGCGUGGCACAGGUGCGCCUUUUGGACCGCAGGACCAACAGCAGACCAAGCAGCCGACCUGGUACGCCCACCUCCAACACCUCGUCCACCCCAACCCCCUCAGAGGAGCAAAAUGAUGGAGAGGAGGAGGGUGCAGAGCAAGAGGAUGAAAUUCAGGGUGCAGAGCUUGAAGGUGCUACACUGUCCUCACCAACACCACGCCUCCUCAAGAGGCCCUUUCAGCUGCUGAUAGCAGCUGCUAUGGAGAGAAACCCCACACAGUUCCAGCUGCCCAGUGAGCUCACCUGCACCACUGCACUGCCAGGUAGCAGUAAACGGAGGAGAAAAGAGGAACUACUAGGAAAGCCAUUCAGGAGGCCUCAGCAUGAACUGGAUUCCAAUGGUCUGGUCCCCCUACCAGUCAAAGUCUGCUUUUCAUGCAACAGGAGUUGUCGGUUGGCCCCACUGAUCCAGUGUGACUAUUGUCCCCUUCUGUUUCACAUGGACUGUCUGGACCCUCCACUCACAGCUCUACCUGCUGGCAAAUGGAUGUGUCCUAAUCACGUUGAGCACUUAGUGUUGAAUCAGAGGACUCUGAGCCUGUCCAGCCGCUGUCAGCUCUUUGACCAGUUCCAGGACAGGAUGUCCCAGCACGCCGUCAAGUUGGACUUCCUGCGCAGAGUCCAUCGGCAGAACCUACCCAACCGGCGCACCACCCACCAGCACAACAAGAAGACCAUCAAGGUGCCAGAUGCCAUCAAGUCCCAGUACCAGAAUCCUCCUUCCACACUGCUUCCUGCAGGGGUGAGCCAGUUGCAGCUUGCUUGCAGUAGUGUUCCCAACCAUCAGCCCUCAAAACACUUGACCACAGAAGCGGAGCAGCAGGAGUGGCUUCAGGAUGUCAUCACCCUCCAGUGCAGCAUCAUGCGACACCUGUCAAUAAAGCAGAAGGCUUCAUCCACCGCAUCCAGUCUGUCAUCAGUAACAUCGCCAGCAGAGUGGAUUUCUGGGCAGACAGCCAGUACGAAAUCACGUCUAACACCAGAUGACAUGAAAACUCAGGCCUCUUUAGAAAGGACUUCUUCCCCUGACCCCUGCUCAAAACCCUGCAUUGCACCUGAUGACCCUCUGAGGGCCCCUUUUUCAGUGGACCCCCUGGCAGAGCUGGGUGUUUGUAAAUGCAGCAUGACACCAUGUCUGAAAUGUAGGAAACCCAACGGACCUCUGGCAGAAGAGUGUCAGCCCUUCAAAGCCAAUGGACCUGUAGACUGUAACAGUGCCUCAGACUUCUGCAGGCAGGCUGAGCUGCAGCACAGACUGACACCCAGCACUCCCUCAGCCCCUGUGUCUGGACUGGUGAACCACAUAGGAGUAGAAGCAGUUAAAAAGGAGCAUGAGGGUUCCACAGAAGCCUGUGCUCAGAAAAACUGCACCAUCGCCUCAAAGAUAUGGUCCCACAGUGGCCAGGAGAACCACAGGAGCCAGACACAGCUCCAGGAAGAGAAUAUGAGCAGCAGUGAAAAACCCUGCUACUCAAUCACCAGCCAUGCACACUCACACACACCAUCUAUAGGAAUCCAGGAGCACAGCCCAACCAAGCUGGGCUCGUCAUCGCCUACUCCAGACAUUAAGGCUUGUCCUGGACUGAUGGACUCACUGCUGCCCAGCACUCUCUCCUCCAUCGCAAACCUUUCCAGCUACAUGAAAGAUGGAAGGGAUGAGGAAGGAGGGAUUGAUCUGGACAAACUGGAUGCAGAGAUGCUGAAGCUCCUGGCGUGGCAGAGGAUCCAGCAGCUCUUUCCCUCGAAAGCACCCAGCACUCCUCCUCCCCUAGCGGCCAUGGCUGCCCCCAAAACCUCAUCAGCCCACACUGGCAGUCAGAAGAAGGUCCAAGCUCGAGCUGUCUUCUACCCUCUGACAGGAAAAGGAGGCGCUGUUAGCAUGUGCUACAGGACAUUAUACAUAGGAUCUGGUGCUGACAUGGAUGUGUGCCUUACAAACUACGGUCAUUGCAACUACAUAUCGGGGAAACAUGCCUGUAUUUUCUAUGAUGAGAAUACCAAGCAUUAUGAGCUGCUCAAUUACAGCGAGCAUGGGACGACAGUGGACAAUGUCCUGUACUCGUGUGACUUCUCUGAGAAAGCAUCGCCGUCUCCGCCCAGCGGCCUUGUGGCCAAAGUCCAAGGCAUCAUCCGUCGCAGUAAGAAGCGCGAGGAUGACAAGGGUCCCAGCUCUGUGGUGGGUUUGUUGCUGGCUGGUGGCAUCAUGAGUAGCCAGCCUAAGGGCAGCUCCGAGCUCUCGUGCAGCUGUAAGGCAAGCAGCUCCAGUCUGAUAGGAGGCAGCGGGGCGGGCUGGGAGGGCACUGCCCUGCUCCAUCAUGGCAGCUACAUCAAACUGGGCUGCCUCCAGUUUGUCUUCAGCAUCACAGAGUUUGCCAGUAAGCAGCCCAAAGAAGAGCAAAAUGCAACUCCUGCCGCCAGUUGCACUGGCACCACAACCAGCAACCCCAGCAGCAGCGCAGACAGAGUCACUACCAGCACUGCCCCUGUCAUCACCACCACACCUCCGUCAUCCAGUACUGCCACAGUGAGCAGCCCCUCCAGCCAGGAUGAGGCUGACACUGAGACUGUCCCUCCCCACUAAGUGCCCAUUCUGCACGCCAGCUCUGUUCCAUAACUUGCACAGGAAGACCCGCCCUCCCUCCUUUUGUUUUGCACCUUCCGAGUCACAAUGAAGGGAAAGCUGCACAGCUGGUUGGUCAACAGGGAAAAUUUUAUUUUUUAACUUUUAAUGGUUUAUAUCUUUGCAUGAACUUGAAGUAUUAUUGACAAUCUCCUCUGUUUUUGAAUGACUGACAGUAACCUCCUGUUCACUUCAGACCGUUAGGACUUUGAGCGAACAUUAGUUACCUACGCUCACUUUUUCUUUUGCCAGUAUAUUGGUUGUGUAUGGUGUAACUUUAUUUUGUCAGUCAGCCCAUUUAGCACAAACCUUUUAUUUAGUAGUAUUGAAUUCCAUACAUUCUUAUUUCUUUUGCUGCUUUUGCACCACAGGUAGCUAUAUAUGUAUGAAAACAUACAUGCUUACACUAUACACACAUACAAACAUUAUAUAUAUAUAUAUAUAUAUAUAUAUAUAUAUAUAUAUAUAUAUAUAUAUAUAUAUAUAUAUAUAUAUAUAUAUAUAUAUAUAUAUAUAUAUAUAUAUAUAUAUAUUAGUGUGUGUGUUGUAAAUAUAUACAGUAUAAUUCAGUGUCUCUCAAUUAGAGAAGCAUUGGAUUUCAUGUAGAUUUACCAUUUUUUGGUUUUUAACUGUACAGUUCAUGAAUUUGUGAUACUGUGUAGAGUACCAGAAGUUUUGUGAUAAAACUUGUUCUUAGUCUGUACUUCCCGCUGUAGUCCAUCUGUAAAUACCGUAUUGUUUUAGCACUCAAUUUAACAUCUUGUGCUGGGCCUGUAUAUAAGCACUCUUUGUCUGUACCUGCUUGUCUGUUCAAACCUGUAAAUACAGAAAGAUUUUCUAAGAACAAAUCUGA